GAUACUAUGAUCAGAUUUGUUCCAUUGAACCUAAGUUCCCAUUUUCUGAAAAUCAGAUCUGCUUGACAUUUACCUGGAAGGAUGCUUUUGAUAAAGGUUCACUUUUUGGAGGGUCUGUAAAGUUGGCUCUUGCAAGCUUAGGAUAUGAAAAGAGCUGUGUGUUGUUCAAUUGUGCAGCCUUAGCUAGCCAAAUUGCAGCAGAACAGAACCUGGAUAAUGAUGAAGGAUUGAAAAUCGCUGCUAAGCAUUACCAGUUUGCUAGUGGUGCCUUUUUACAUAUUAAAGAGACGGUUUUAUCUGCCUUAAAUCGGGAACCUACUGUGGACAUAUCUCCAGAUACUGUUGGGACCCUCAGUCUUAUUAUGCUGGCACAGGCCCAAGAAGUCUUUUUUUUAAAGGCCACAAGAGAUAAAAUGAAAGAUGCCAUUAUAGCCAAAUUGGCAAAUCAGGCUGCAGAUUAUUUUGGUGAUGCUUUCAAGCAGUGUCAGUAUAAAGACACUCUCCCUAAGGAGGUGUUCCCUGUCCUGGCUGCCAAGCACUGUAUCAUGCAGGCCAAUGCUGAGUACCAUCAGUCUAUCCUGGCAAAACAGCAAAAGAAAUUUGGGGAAGAGAUUGCAAGGUUACAGCAUGCAGCAGAAUUGAUUAAAACAGUGGCAUCUCGCUAUGAUGAAUAUGUCAACGUGAAGGAUUUUUCAGACAAAAUCAACCGUGCCCUUACUGCAGCAAAGAAGGAUAAUGACUUCAUAUAUCAUGAUCGAGUUCCAGACCUUAAAGAUCUAGACCCUAUUGGCAAAGCCACACUUGUGAAAUCUACCCCAGUCAAUGUACCCAUUAGCCAGAAAUUCACUGAUCUGUUUGAGAAGAUGGUUCCUGUGUCAGUGCAGCAGGCUUUGGCUGCCUAUAACCAGAGGAAAGCUGACUUAGUUAACAGAUCAAUUGCUCAAAUGAGAGAAGCCACCAAUUUGGCAAAUGGGGUGUUAGCAUCUCUUAAUCUUCCAGCAGCAAUUGAAGAUGUAUCUGGAGAUACUGUACCUCAGUCUAUAUUGACAAAGUCCACGUCUGUGAUUGAACAGGGAGGCAUCCAGACUGUAGAUCAGUUGAUCAAAGAGCUACCUGAACUACUACAAAGAAAUAGAGAAAUCCUAGAUGAGUCAUUAAGAUUGUUGGAUGAAGAAGAAGCAACUGACAAUGAUUUAAGAGCAAAAUUCAAGGAACGCUGGCAAAGGACAGCAUCCAAUGAACUCUAUAAGCCUUUAAGAGCAGAGGGGGCCAACUUCAGAGCAGUUUUGGAUAAAGCUUUGCAAGCGGAUGGGAAAGUGAAAGAACGGUAUCUGUCGCACCGUGACUCCAUUGCACUUUUGUGUAAGCCAGAGCCUGAGCUGAAUGCUGCCAUCCCUUCUGCUAACCCAGCAAAGACCAUGCAGGGCAGCGAGGUUGUAAAUGUAUUAAAAUCCUUAUUGGCAAAUCUUGAUGAAGUAAAGAAGGAAAGAGAGGGUCUAGAGAAUGACCUGAAAUCAAUGAAUUUUGACAUGACAAGCAGAUUUUUGACUGCUUUGGCUCAAGAUGGUGUGAUAAAUGAAGAAGCUCUUUCUGUUACUGAGCUGGAUCGAAUCUAUGGAGGGCUUACGACUAAAGUCCAAGAAUCUCUAAAGAAACAGGAAGGACUUCUUAAGAAUAUUCAGGUUUCACACCAGGAAUUUUCGAAAAUGAAACAAUCUAACAAUGAAGCUAACUUAAGAGAAGAAGUUUUGAAGAAUUUAGCUGCUGCAUAUGACAACUUUGUUGAACUUGUAGCUAAUUUGAAAGAAGGCACAAAGUUUUACAACGAGCUGACUGAAAUCCUAGUCCGGUUCCAGAACAAGUGCAGUGAUAUAGUGUUUGCACGGAAAACAGAAAGAGAUGAACUCUUAAAGGACUUGCAGCAAAGCAUUGCCAGAGAACCUAGUGCUCCUUCAAUUCCUACACCUGCCUAUCAGUCCUCUCCAGCAGGAGGAUCUGCCCCCACUCCUCCAACUCCAGCGCCAAGAACCAUUGCGCCUAGUAAGCCUCAGCCCCCAGCCCGGCCUCCACCUCCUACGUUUCCAGCAAAUCGAGCACCUGCUGCUGCUGCCUCAGCUCCCGCAGUGACUGGGACUCCUGCACCUGCUGCAUCCCAGACUCCUGGCUCAGCUCCCCUUCCACAGGCCCAGGGGCCCCCCUACCCCACCUAUCCAGGAUAUCCCGGGUAUUGCCAAAUGCCCAUGCCCAUGGGCUAUAACCCUUAUGCGUACGGCCAGUACAAUAUGCCAUAUCCGCCAGUGUAUCAUCAGAACCCUGGACAGGCUCCGUUCCCAGGACCCCAGCAGCCUUCAUACCCCUUCCCUCAGCCCCCACAGCAGCCUUACUAUCCACAGCAGUAAUAUGUCUGCUCAGAAGCUCAGCUGGUUCAGUUCAAAGGGAAAGAAUACUAAUCUGCAAUAAGUGUACUAAACUCCAUGCUCUGGUUAAUAUAAUGCACUCUACUCUGAAUGCAGUGUAUAAUUUCUGUCUUCGGCUACAAACUGGAAAGCUGUGCCCCAGUUCCACAUUUGAUUGCACAUGUGAGAUUUGCUGCUGUUGCAGUAUAAACACUAGGUAUACUAGGAUUUGAAAUAAAUUAUAUUACAGUUCAUAAAAGUUGAAAAUAAAAAAUUAAACCCACAAGAGAAACCUUUGAAAUAAAUAUACUUAUGUCUACAGAAGCUGUGAUUGGGUUACCAGAUACGUACAGUGAUGGUUUAAAUACUGAUAUUCAAGAAAACCAAGUUUUCUUUCUCUUUUGGUUUAUUGAUUUGGUUUAAUUUCCAUUAUGCUAUUUUGCAUAAUCAAAGCAUUGUAAUCUUAUAAUUUAAAAAUAAAUUACUUAAGAACAGUUUUUAUUGUUAUGUUUUGUCAUUGAUUCUCAUUACUGUCUAAUUUCUUUGUAGUAUUAGUCUUAUUUUAUAUGUACAUGAGUUAAACAGAUACUGUGUUUAAGUGCAUGAUUAGUGCAGGUUAAUAGUCAGGUUCAAGUACAUUUUAUGGGAAAAUGAAAAGUAUCAUAGUUUAUCUUUCAUGUGCUGAUUAAUAUAUUAAUUUUGAAAUUUAUUUUGAAAAGUCCUAUAAUGUGGAAGGAACACAAUUGGUACCAAAGAUUCUUCAAAUAAAUACACAAAUAAAUAUGUAUAUUUAAUGUUUUAUUAAUUUCUUCAAGAAAUUGGUACAAAUUCUGGUAAUUAUUUUUUUUAUAACCUGGUUAAAAUACAUUAUUUACAAUACUGUCUAUAUAAAUGGGAUUGUUUAAAGAAAAUUUACUGUACCCUUCUUUUUUCCACCUUACUGUCUUAACUUGGUAACAUUUAAUGCACAAUGUAUGUGAGUAGAUUUAAGCCCUUUCAUUUUUAUGCUCCUAAAGAUUGGACUAUUUUAUAAUUCAGGGAGCACACAAAACAGUUGUUGGGAGCAUAUGCCAAUUCUGGAAUAGGCUGUGUAUUUAAUAUUAAUCUCUGCUGUUAAAGAUAACUAAUCACUGUAUAAACCUCAGUAAAAGUAGUGAGCCAUGCUUCAUGGAAUGAGAAAAUGAGAAAGGAAUGAGUUGUUUGAUAUCACAGUGGGAUCUGUUCUGCGUGAGAUUCAUUUCUGAACACAUCAGGCAUAUGAGCAGUUUUCCAAUGGAUUAGUUUAUGCUUAUUUUUUAAGUUUUAAUGCCUACAUUUUCUUGCCUUACUGUUUCAUUUAAAUGGUACUGUCACUUGGUACACUGUGGUUUUCAUUGGCAGUUUGGGUUUAUAUUUUAAAUGUUGGACUGAAGGUGUGAUUGUAAAAGAGAGUGAAUUGGUUUUAAAAUAUUUGUAUAUUUCAAAAUCUUACUUUGUUGUAUGUAGAAAACAUGAAGGCAUGUUACUGCAAUAUAAAUUACCUUUACAUGGAAUAUUACAGUUGGUUUAAAGUCCAGUAGUUAAAACCUUGGCAAAAGAUAGGUUUUUACAUAUCAAAGCUAAGUUUUAUUAAUGUGGAAUCAUCAAGUGUGACAUGGCUUGUUUGACUCUUGUGUAAAUGACAUUUAAGUUAUACAUUCUUACUACUCAAGGUGUCAUAUACUAACAUAAGAUACUCCGUGAGAGGGGUAUUCCAAAUUGCUAGUUUAUAACUCUUGCUAAUGCAGAAAAAAACAAAAACAAAGUUGGCCUGAAUAUUCUCUUGGGGAAAGAUGGUGCUGAAGAAAGAGUAAGUGCAUCCAAAGGCCAAAAGAGAAGUUAUCAGGCCUUUAGCCCAUUUCCCGUGCUAAGCUAGGCCUGCUCCCAGAGCGCCACGGGAAGAUGGUUAAAACAUUCUAGGAGAGGGGGCCCAGCGCUGGUGCCAGCCUCUUCCAGCAUGCCCGAGCCGCUUGGCAGCCUAGCACCAUUCCUCCUGUCCGCUCACCCCUUAGGUAAUCGAGGAUGCUUCUUUUGGCCGUCUGUGUCUAGGUGCCGAUGACCAAGGGUCGGCAGGCCUCCAUCCGCCUGUCUGCUGUCAUCCUGAUGGCUCAUGGAAAGACGUUUCUCUGAGGUCCAUUUUGCAUUCUAGCAAACAAGAAUGAAGCCUUCAUUGGGCUCAUUUUUAUCAAACUUUUUUAUCCUUUGCUUAGCUUCCAAUAUCCUACAAAAUCCCUGAAAAAGGUGUCCCGGAUAAUGCUGUUUUGGCGAUAGGAGAGUGUCUCUCUAGUUCAGGUAUGUUAAUACCUGUGUUUAUAAUUAGACUUUUUGAUGAUCUUUUGGGAAACCAUUCCCAGUCCAUUUAGGUUCGACUUUGGAACACUGUUUCAGAAUGGAUUAUCCUUCCAGUGAUGGAGCUCUGGAUAGAGAGCCACUAAACACUAACAUUUCUUUUUCUUAGUCGCAGACGGCUGGUCUGAUCUCUCAGUCUCGUGUAAAGUACCGGGCUGUUACUCUGCCCCUUGCUCUCUAUUCUCAGUUAAGAAAAAUACUCAUACAUCACUGCAGACCAUUCAGUCCUUGUGAUAUAACCAUGUACCCGUACCCCCAGCUUUGCAGUGUUUAAUCUCCCCCCCCCCCCCAAAUCUAAAUGUUACAGAACAAAACCAAGAUUUCACAGCCUUCUGUCCCUGACCUUCUAUCCCAGUGUUGAACUAGCCUUUCUAGUCCAACACAUUUUGUAAAAAGUUUUCCAUGAGAGCUUUACAGUUUGCAAAAGUGCUUUGUACAAUGCAACUUGUUAAGUAGGUUUUAGUUUGCUAGUGGGAAUUUUUUUUUUUUUAUCAGUAUAUCUUGAAGAAUCUUGCUAUUAACCUAGUGGCAUCUUUUUUUUUU